UAUACCCCGCGGCACGCGCCAUUUUGUCUCCAGUGUCUCGUUUGCAGUCGGUUUUGUGGAGGGGAGCGUCUUGGUCCGUAGGCGUGAGAAAGGGAACAGCAUCUGUUGUCUGUGUUUGACUCCGUAGUUUGGUCCGAGGCCUUCCGGAGCUUUCCCGGGGCAGUCGGCAGAAGCCGCCGCGACCGCCCCGCCCCUCCCCUCCGUCCCCGGGACCGGGAGGGACCCAGCCCGCGUCACGCCCCUCGGCGCUCGCCUUUCCCUUCUCUGUCGUUGCGUCCGCAUCGCGCCCCCGGAAUCAGACGGUGCCCCAUAGAUGGCCAGCUUUCCCCCGAGGGUCAACGAGAAAGAGAUCGUGAGAUCACGUACUAUAGGUGAACUUUUAGCUCCUGCGGCUCCUUUUGACAAGAAAUGUGGUCGUGAAAAUUGGACUGUUGCUUUUGCUCCAGAUGGUUCAUACUUUGCUUGGUCACAAGGACAUCGUGCAGUAAAGCUUGUUCCGUGGUCCCAGUGCCUUAAGAACUUUCUCUUGCAUGGCACCAAGAAUAUCACCAAUUCAAGCAGUUUAAGAUUGUCAAGACAAAACAGUGAUGGUGGUCAAAAAAAUAAGCCUCGUGAACAUAUUAUAGACUGUGGUGAUAUAGUCUGGAGUCUUGCUUUUGGAUCUUCAGUUCCAGAAAAACAGAGUCGCUGUGUAAACAUAGAAUGGCAUCGAUUCAGAUUUGGACAAGAUCAGCUACUCCUUGCCACAGGGUUAAACAAUGGGCGUAUCAAAAUAUGGGAUGUAUAUACAGGAAAACUCCUCCUUAACUUGGUAGAUCAUACUGAAGUGGUCAGAGAUUUAACUUUUGCUCCAGAUGGGAGCUUGAUCCUGGUGUCAGCUUCAAGAGACAAAACUCUGAGAGUGUGGGACCUGAAAGAUGAUGGAAACAUGAUGAAAGUAUUGAGGGGCCAUCAGAACUGGGUGUACAGCUGUGCAUUCUCUCCUGACUCUUCUAUGCUGUGUUCAGUGGGAGCCAGUAAAGCAGUUUUCCUUUGGAAUAUGGAUAAAUAUACCAUGAUACGGAAACUAGAAGGGCAUCACCAUGAUGUUGUAGCUUGUGACUUUUCUCCUGAUGGAGCAUUACUGGCUACGGCAUCUUAUGAUACUCGAGUUUAUAUCUGGGAUCCACACACUGGAGACGUUCUGAUGGAAUUUGGACACCUGUUUCCCCCACCUACUCCCAUAUUUGCUGGAGGAGCAAAUGACCGAUGGGUACGAUCUGUCUCGUUUAGUCAUGACGGACUGCAUGUUGCAAGUCUUGCAGAUGAUAAAAUGGUGAGGUUCUGGAGAAUUGAUGAGGAUUAUCCAGUGCAAGUUGCACCUUUGAGCAAUGGUCUUUGCUGUGCCUUUUCUACUGAUGGCAGUGUUUUAGCUGCUGGGACACAUGAUGGAAGUGUGUAUUUUUGGGCCACUCCAAGGCAAGUCCCUAGCCUUCAACAUUUAUGUCGCAUGUCAAUCCGGAGAGUGAUGCCCACUCAAGAAGUCCAGGAGCUGCCGAUUCCUUCCAAAGUUUUAGAGUUCCUCUCCUACCGUGUUUAGAGGAUGCUGUCUUCCCUAGUAUUAGGGACUGACAACACACUACACAAACUUCAAGCUUUACUGACUUCAAGGUUUAGGAGAUUUAUUUAAUUUGAUACAUUCUUGUAUUGCAUUUUGAUCAGUUGAGCUUUUAAAAUAUUAUUUAUAGACCUUAGGAGAAAUAUUUCUGAACAUAUCAAAUGUAAAUUUUUUUCUAAAAUGUUAACUGUGAAAACAUAUACAUACAUGUAUAUAUUUUGAUAUAAGCUGCUGUGUGUUGAAUGGACCCUUUUGCUUUUCUGAUUUUUAGUUCCAACAUGUAUAUAUUGCUUCAGUAGAGCCACAAUAUGUAUCUUUGCUAUAAAGUGGAAGGAAUUUUAUUCUGGGACACUGAGUUAGAUGGUAAAUACCGACUUAAGAAAGCUGAAU